AUGGCGGAGCUACAGGGAACCCCAGUUGCUCAGGACGCCCUGUCCGUUGCCCAGUUAGAGCUCGGUGGAAAUCCAAACGCCCUGGCUUUGCGUAGGCCGUUCGACCCAGUGGCACAUGAUCUUGACGCUAACUUCCGCCUUACGCGGUUCGCCGACCUGAAAGGAUGAGGGUGUAAAGUCCCUCAGGAGGUUCUUGGGAAACUCCUCGAGGGACUACAGGCCGACGAUGCUAGCGCACAAGAUCAUGAGCAUGCCCAUUUUAUGCACAUGGCCAUUCCACGCAUCGGCAUUGGCAUGGAUUCCUCCGUGACUCCGCUGAGGCAUGGAGGACUCAGUCUGGUGCAGACAACAGAUUUUUUCUACCCACUAGUCGACGAUCCUUACAUGAUGGGUAAAAUCGCGUGCGCGAAUGUUAUCAGUGAUCUGUACGCGAUGGGUGUCACCGAGUGCGACAAUAUGCUGAUGUUGCUGGGGGUCAGCACGAAAAUGACUGAGAAAGAGAGGGACGUUGUCGUGCCUUUGAUCAUGAGGGGAUUCAAAGAUUCUGCGUUGGAAGCGGGGACGACAGUAACGGGAGGUCAGACGGUCGUUAAUCCAUGGUGUACAAUAGGUGGAGUUGCUUCCACUGUUUGUCAGCCAAACGAAUACAUCGUUCCGGACAAUGCAGUCGUCGGUGAUGUUCUUGUGCUGACGAAACCGCUUGGAACUCAGGUUGCUGUAAAUGCUCAUCAGUGGUUGGAUCAACCAGACCGCUGGAACAGAAUCAAACUUGUAGUUAGCGAAGACGACGUGAGGAAAGCUUAUCAGAGAGCGAUGGACAGUAUGGCUAGGCUUAACAGAAUAGCGGCGAGAUUAAUGCAUAAGUACAAUGCACACGGAGCGACGGACGUGACCGGUUUCGGGCUUUUGGGGCACGCGCAGAACCUGGCCAAACAUCAGAAGAACGAGGUCUCCUUUGUUAUUCACAAUCUACCUGUUAUCGCUAAAAUGGCAGCUGUGGCGAAGGCAUGCGGAAACAUGUUCCAACUGCUGCAAGGCCAUUCGGCCGAAACCAGCGGCGGGUUGCUCAUUUGUUUACCCAGAGAACAGGCCGCCGCGUAUUGUAAAGACAUUGAAAAGCAGGAAGGAUACCAGGCGUGGAUCAUCGGUAUCGUGGAGAAAGGAAAUCGCACGGCGAGAAUAAUCGACAAGCCACGAGUAAUAGAAGUGCCGGCUAAAGAGAAAGACGGAGAGCUGUGGUGAAGAUCCGAAAACGCAAUACAAUUUUUAUUUACUUUUAUGUAUUUAGAAUGUACCACACGCAACACGAGAAUCACGCAUUUAAAUGGGUCGAACACAAUCGUACCGAAUUCAAAGCACUCACGUGUGCACGAUCAUUGCAGAGAGUUGACAAUUAUUUCAAACAUCCUAUGUUUGUAUCAGAAUUUCGAUUAUACAUCUUUCAUUUCAUUAAUUGACGAGAAGAGAUGUAACAAUAACAAUUUAUACUUGUACGUUAUUAUUAUUAUUGAAGUUUAAUCCAAACUUUUAGCUUUAGGAAGUAAAUGUUCCCCAACUAUUUUGAUUUUUACCUGUGGUAAACCAAGGGCAUUUUAUCUUCUAAAAUGUUCACGACGGUCUUCUCCAGAGAAAACUCAUUUAACGUGAAAUCAAAUCGAAAUAAUGACAAGAUUUUCAGUUAUAAUCUCUGUAAGGUUGCAUAUAGUCUUUCGGGUAGCACUAGACUCGGGCGAAGCUUCAGUCUGCAUUUGGCCAAACUUUGAAAUACAUCAAGUAACAUUUGGGUGCUUAGCGUUUAAAGAAAAAUAUUAAGGGCACACAACUUCAUCAACGGCUCACGUUUACAAAGAUUUACAAAUAUAUUUUAGGGGGUAUUUACUAUAUCAUGUGAAAGAAAAGAAAAAGAUUAUCAAUUGUACAUUACUUUAAUUCCUGGAAUUAAUAGAGAAGAGAAUAUCAUGUGAAAGUUAUUAUAUAGAUGCAAAUUUGUAAACCACCCUGUAGUGAACAAUGACAGGUUAUCAACGCCGUCGAUGUUCUCGCGGUUUGUAAUUUCGUUCUAUAUUGUUAAACGACAUAGAACGCGUAAGAUGUCCAAGUGAAAAGAAAUGGCCUUUUCUAGUUCUCUCGUUAUAUACGCUUCAAGAUUAAUUAUAAAAAGAAAGAAUACAAGAAGUCGAGCACAGGCCCUAAUGUAUUACUUUUUCAUAUGAAUAAAAGUGCUACUUUGUCAAUAAAACUUCUAAAAAAGU